CACUUUCUCUCUCUAAAAACUGUAAGAAUUCCAGAGAGAGAAACAAGAGAGAGAAUAAUAACACUGUUAUUUUGUACUCGCCAUGGAAAUAUAAAACAAAAGCUUCAUCUUUGAGAAUGCCAGAAAUGGAGGAAUCUCUUUAUUCGAAAAAAACCCAUCUUGCAAUGCUACUCUGUAUAGCACUACUUUUUCUCUCUCUACCCGCCGGAAAACCAGAUCUAUCCGGCGACAGAGAAGCUCUUUUAACCCUUCGUUCAGCCGUCGGCGGCCGUACUUAUUCAUGGAACUCUUCACUUUCAAGUCCCUGUAAAUGGUCUGGCGUUACCUGCGAGAACAACCGCGUUACCGCCCUUCGUCUCCCUGCAUUCUCUCUCGCCGGAAAAAUCCCAGACGGUACCUUCGGUAAUCUUACCCAGCUACGAACACUCAGUCUACGAUUCAAUGCUCUAUCAGGUUCUCUUCCGACUGAUCUCGCGGCCUGUACUGAGCUACGUAAUCUCUAUCUCCAGGACAACAGAUUUUCCGGCGAGUUGCCCGAUUCUCUGUUUGGUCUACACCGACUCAUCAGGCUAAACCUGGCUGGAAAUGAAAUUUCCGGCGAGAUUUCAUCUGGGUUUAAUAAUCUGACACGAUUGAGAACUCUUUACCUUGACCGUAACCAGUUUUCGGGUUCCAUUCCAGAUCUAAGUUUUCCUAAUAUUGGACAGUUUAAUGUUUCGUAUAAUCAACUUAAUGGGUCGAUUCCUGAAACCCUUAAAGCAAUGCCGGCGAAUGCAUUCACCGGAAAUUCCCUCUGCGGUAGCCCUCUUGAUUCUUGCCCCGGCGACAACGGUCCUUCUUCUCCGAUUAACAUCAAACCCAGUAACGUAAACAAGAAAAAGAACCUUCCCGGUGGCGCAAUUGCCGGAAUUGUAAUCGGUUCUGUAUUGGGUUUUCUGUUCAUUCUCCUAAUUUUAUGUAUCCUUUGCCGGAAAAAGAAGGGUAGAAAAUCAAGUUCGGUUGAAGUAGCUGCGAUUAAGCAUUUAGACAAUGAAAUCUCAGAGGAGAAACCUAUAGUCGGAGCAGAUAUCAACGGAAGAGGUAACAAUGGCUACUCUGUUUCCUCUACUGUUGCCCCAGCUGCAACAAUGACUCCCAAAUCUGAAACCGGCGGUGCGAAAAAACUCGUUUUCUUUGGUAAUUCAGCGAGAGUGUUCGAUUUAGAAGAUCUGCUUAGAGCUUCGGCUGAGGUUUUGGGAAAAGGAAUGUCGGGAACGACAUACAAGGCGGUUAUGGAGAUGGGUGUGGCUGUGGUGGUGAAAAGAUUGAAAGAUGUUAUUGUUUCAGAGAAAGAAUUUAAAGAGAAAAUUGAGCUCGUCGGAGCUAUGAUUCAUCAGAAUCUUGUUCCUUUAAAAGCUUAUUAUUUCAGUAGAGAUGAAAAGCUUCUUGUUUUUGAUUACAUGUCCAUGGGUAGCUUAUCUGCACUUCUCCAUGGAAACAGAGGAGGAGGAAGACCUCCGGUUAACUGGGAAACAAGAAUCAAAAUCGCGAUCGGAGCUGCCCGUGGUAUUGAAUACAUCCAUUCACAAUCCCCAACCGCUUCCCAUGGAAACAUUCGAGCGUCAAACAUCCUCCUAACAAAUACCCAUGAAGCUCAUAUAUCUGAUUUUGGGCUAAGCCAACUUGUUGGACCAUCUACUAACCCAUCUCGAGCUGCUGGCUAUCGCGCACCUGAAGUAACUGAUUCGCGAAAAGUAUCUCAAAAGGCAGAUGUUUACAGUUUCGGGGUCUUGUUACUUGAACUUCUCACGGGUAAAGCUCCAAUGCACGCUUUAAUGAACGAGGAAGGAGUUGAUUUGCCGAGAUGGGUGCAAUCGGUUGUAAGGGAGGAAUGGACUAACGAGGUAUUCGAUUUCGAGUUGUUGAGAUUUCAAAAUGUGGAAGAAGAGAUGGUUCAACUAUUGCAAAUGGGAAUUGAUUGUGCGGAUCAGUACCCCGAUAGACGACCUACGAUGGCGGAUGUUAGACGGAGGAUCGAGGCGAUGAGCCGAAAAGAAGAUUUGGAUAGCAAUAACAUAAAUGAAGAUGAAGAUUGAUUUUAGAAUUUGGUUGUUGUUUUUUCUAAUGUUGGUUAUUACUUAUUAUAAUGUUAUGUUGUUACUUAUGUUUGAAAUUAAAUUGUUUUAUGCCAAAUUUAUUUCCUUUUUUUGUACCAUUUGUUUUUUUUAAUGGAUGAUGAGGUUUAUGUAAUUAUAGCUUUGAAACUUUUACUUUA